AUGUCAGAUGUUUCGGCCCAAACUGUCCCCUCUUCGGGAGGUCCUAAGGAAUUGGACGCAUGGGUUGAAGACGCCAAGUACCUUUUAGUCGACGACAACAAAGUCAACAUGAAAGUGAUGAAGCACCACUUCGAUAGACUCGGUCUCAAAUACAACAUCGCUUGGAACGGCCAAGAAGUCGUCGACCUGUACAAGUCGCACCCUGAGGAAUGCAAAUUGAUCCUGCUCGAUAUUUCCAUGCCUGUCAUGGGCGGCAUGCAGGCUUCACUUCUCAUAAGACAGCAUGAGCGCGAAAACAAUCUUCAGCCUGCUAUCAUCAUCGGACUUAUGGCAGACCCUACAGAGAGUGAGAAUCGGCGAAUGAUUGAUGACUUUGGAAUGAACACGACGUUCAAGAAGCCGGUUAGAUUGGAGGGUCUUCGGGAACUUGUCAACACUUGGCCGGUUUGA